ACCAACCAACAACGAGAGGGUCCCUCGCGUUCCAAUUUCAGCCUUCGAAAAAACCUCCUUUCUAAGUUCCAACUCCAACCAUCAUCAUCGCCAUUGCAAUCCUCCUUCAUUCUCCUCUCGCAAAAACGACGUCGUCGUCGCCACCGUCGCAACGCUCCAUCACCCAUGAUUAUAUGAUAAUGAUUCAUCGGAAACACUUUCGCAGAAUCGCAGCCUAAGCAAACGACGUCCUCGCCAUUUUAUCGCUUCUGAAAUUCUCAUUCUCUUUCAUGACCGUUUUCUUCUCGCUUCUGAAACUCUCGGUUCAUCUAAUUCCAACGCGGUGGUGACCUUGAACGACGUCGUUGCCGUCGCAAUGCCGAUCGCGCGCUGCAACAGCCAGAUUCCGGCGCCGCUGCCGUCGCCGAUUCCGACCGGGAGAGGGACGCGCUCCGCCGCCAACGAGAUCUUCAGCCGGUUCCUCGAGAAGAGGCUGCAGCUGCCGGAGCUGUCGCUGCCAGGACAGCACCUGCCGCCGGCGCCGGCGGAGAUCGACCUCCGGUCUCUGCCGCUCGGCGCCGCCGAUCUGAUGCUGCGCUCCGCCAGGGAGUUCGGCGCGUUCCGGAUCCGGUGCCACGGGAUCUCCGGCAUCGAACUUUCGACGAUGGCGGACGAAGCUGAAUGCGUUUUCCAGAAAUCGAAGAGGCUCGUCGUCGAGCGUACCGGACCUGGCGGAGAGGUGAUUCCCUGUGUCCGCUCCAGCAAAGGUGCAAUGGAAUUCACCGCUCAAAGGAUUAUCGGCGACCAAACGAAUCGGAAAUUUUGGAUUCAUAUGGGGAAUGUUGCAAGUAGAUUGGAUAGUAUAGUUGAGCAAGUGAUUAUGGUUCUACAACAUAACACAUCUAAAGAGUUUAAGGAGCGGAUUCAAGAUACAGAGUCUGUGAUUUGCUUGUGCAGGUAUCCGCACGAUAAUGCCCGCAAGCAAAAUGAAGACGUCUCGGUUAAGAAAAAAGACAGAUUAUGUGAUCAUGCUUUGCGCUUCUACCUUCCUAUGGAGCAGUGUAUAUUUUACGUCCAAACUGAAAGAGGUCCCCUAUCAUUUGAUGCAGGUCCAGAGAAUAUAGUUGUCACUGUUGGCAAACAACUACAGGAAUGGAGCCACGGUGAAUUCAAAUGUGUUCCUGGGGAAAUGAUCUUCAUGCCGAGUUUCCAGAGUAGCCCUGCCUCUUUCUCCAUAGAGCUUAUGUGCUUGACCCCAUCAAAUGAUCUAAGUCACAGUUUAAACAAUUCUGACAAGAUAAUAUCCGUGAGUGAUCAAAUUCUUAUUGUAUUUUGUCUUGUGUUUUUAUACAAUUUUUUAUACUUAAUUUUUUCCUGAUCCUCGGAACAUGAUUGCACCAUUUUCAUUUAUUUGGAUGCCUGUUGCAUGGCCACCAUGUAGCUCUUACUCAGUGACAGUUUUUUUUUUUUUUUUCUGUAAUUUAUUUAUAAAAGCUAUUUUGGUGUAUAGUUUGAGUGUAAAGAUUGUGGGUUUUGGUUAAAUUAAAUACCAGUUACGACAUGCAGACAUUA